AUGGAAAACGGCUGGGCACCCCUGCCUAGAACACAUCUUUCCCAAAUCCCUGGGCCGGGGAUUCCAUCCGGCAGCAACAUGCAGGACGACUUGACCCACCGGCUGCAUCGCCUUGACUUCCCCGAAACCCUCCCAACGCAGUGGGUUUCAGAUCGAUCGAAGAUCCCGGUGGAGCCAUAA